AUGAAGUCUCUCCGAUUCAUUAGUGCUGAAGCAUUCGUGUCAAAUGCGGAAUUUGCCAGGAAGAGUCUCAGUGGUGUUGCCCAUAAUCUUUUUCCUCUUCUUUUUAAAGCCAGCUAUUUACUGGAGCAAGGGGAAGUGAUUCAUGACUUGGUAGAGAACUGGCCACUUGCUGACUUUAACAUGGGAAAGCUUUUGGCGACUACUGUGGACUGCCAGGAAGACCUGAGCCACAGAACCUGCUCAGUAUGCUUGGAAAGCUGUCUGACAGGGCUGAGAGACUAUGUGCUGAACCAUCCUUCUCCCUACGCAAAAAGGUUGAAAGUGGUCGACCUGACGGGUAUGAAAGAUGUUGAAGUGCAGUUUUGUGAGUGUAAGAAGACAAUGGGCAGGUGGGCCAGGACACAGCUUCUCUCUAAGCUUUGUUUAGAACUGCUGGUUUACCUGCAACAAACACAGUGCAACCCAGGUACCUUUGAAAUCAGUAUUGAUGUGCUAAUUGACCUGUUUGUUACAGAACGGAGCUAUGAGCUGGUAGUGCAGGCCCUCAUGAAGAAAUGCUAUUGUCCACUGAAGAUCUGCUGUGUGGCAUUCAGAUCGGACAACCUGGCUUUGCAGAAAUUCUUCUAUAUCAUAAAGCUCACUGAUACCUCUUUAUUGCGCAAGCUGGAAAUAGUUCACAACGUUCACUUGGAAAUGGAACACUUGGAAAUACUCUUCAACAGUAUCCGCUUCCCUCUAUUGAUGUCCUUGACCUUGCCAGCACGAACAUUUAAUGUACGGAGGUUCACAGCUACAGAUGAACGGAUACUUGCUAAUAUUGGGGAAAAGAUGGGUGAAAUGACGCAGCUGACUGAGCUGAGUGUGGCGUUUUCUAUACUCACAGGAAGGAUACAGAAACUGCUCAGCCCACUCAAAACUCCACUGAAGAUGCUGGAUGUUUCUAACUGCUCAUUGAACCAUGCUGAUAUGGUCUAUUUAGCCAACAGCUUUCACGCUAAUCACUUAGAAGCCCUGGACCUGAGUGGACACAAUAUACCUGACCUUUACCCAUCCGUAUUCUUUAAGCUUCUCAGCCAUUCCUCUUCAGUACUCAGGAUUCUUACCCUGGAGGACUGUAACAUCCAAGACACUCAUGUCAACAUGUUGAUUGUAGCUUUAAGCCCUUGCCAGAAACUGCAGGAGUUUAAGUUUCUUGGAAACCCACUGUCAUCCCAAGCACUUAAACAGCUUUUCACAUUUCUCUGUGAGUUGCCAAUGCUGAAAAAUGUGGAGUUCCCAGUUCCAAGGGACUGCUACCCUAUUGGCAUCACCUACCCAAUUGAUGAUGCCAGUCUCUGCAGGUUUGAUCACCAAAAAUAUGAAAGUGUAGCAGAGGACCUUAACCGCAUUUUACGCCAAGCAAAUAGGGAGGAUGUGAAGGCUUCAACUCCACUCUUUGGCAGUUACGAUGCAGCUGUUCAGGAGACAAACAAUGAACUGGGAGCUCACUUGAUCAAGUCCUUCAAAGAGACUUUAGAAAAGUUCACUACUUCUCUUAAUGAAAUGAGUUAA